UCCCCCUCCUCCCGAGACCCACGUGGACAAGACAGUGAUCACAGUCUCUGCUGCGCCGCCUCUCGAAUUGCGUUUGCCGCCCGACUUGUUGUACACAACGGCCUCUAUGAAAAAACCAAUACCUUCGGAUGUCUGGGGAGAUCAAGCUGAGAGGUCGCUGGCAUUGCGACUCCAGCGUGAGGCGUUACCAGAAGGAGGGGCGCGUGGGCGAGCAGCUGCAGCGGCUGUCCCCAGGCGUCCGCGCGAGGGCGGUCGUGGCGGCGACACAGCUGCCGACUUGCCUCGCGAGGCCUUCGCUCGCGCCUUGGCCAGCCGGGGUGCCCGCCUGGUCCAGCCGCAGGUCUUUCUAGAGCUGUUCAGCGGGCAUGGCGGGCUCUCGCGGGCGCUGCGUGAGAGGGGCUUCGCCGUGCUCGAGUGGGAUAUCUGCCGUGGGCCAGCCUGGGACCUUUCGGCAAGGAGGGCCCAGAAGCUCGUGAGAGGCUGGCUCUUGGCCGGACAGGUCUGGGGAGUGUUCAUGGGGACGCCGUGCCAGACGUGGACGAGGGCCAGGGACACGGGGCCGCUGCGAGAGCUAGGUCAAGCUGGACCACAGCUCCCGUCGCGGCUCCGAUCUGACCAGCAUCUGAUGGGGCUCCCUGAGGUCACUCAUCCUGCCGAUGUGCAGGCCAUUCGAAUUGGUAAUGUUCUUGCCGGUUUCUGUUGCAGUAUUUUUGAGCUGAUGCACCUGCUCCAGCGCCCGGUGGCGCUGGAGAACCCUGCACGUUCGCGUCUCUGGCUGCUGCCUCGUCUCAAAAAAGCCGCCGCAUGGAGUACGAGCCACUUCGUGUAUACUGACAUGUGCCAAUGGGGGACACCCUGGAAGAAGCCCACCAGAAUUUUAGGGGACCGCGUGUCUCUGCAUUCUGUUGCCCGUGAAUGUCAUGGCAAGCUGUGCUCUCGCACAGCGAAGAAGCACACAUCAAUCCAUGGCCUCGCACAAGGAGGCGGCUUUAAGACAAAAGCCGCUCAGCAGUACCCUCCAGCUUUGUGCAAGGCCCUUGCUCGUUGCCUCGAUCACGCUCAUGGCAGUUCAAAGACAAUUGCAUUGACCAGUCUUUUCGUUUGACGGUGAAUAAUUCAGCUUUG